CCAGCCGGGCCCUGCGACGGCGGCCGGUGGCGUUGCUCUCCAGCCGCCUGGGGCGGCUCUUCUGGGAGCUCCGCACUGCGCGUGCGCCGACGCCGGCGCUCUGGCUUCAGGAGAGGCUGGCCUGGUGGCUGCCCGAGAGGAGUAGCUAGGCAGUCCCGGAAAUGAACUCUGUUCGGUCACACGGACUGGGGCGGUAGUUCCUCAGCCGCGAAGAGUGUAGGGCGUCUCAGAACAAUGCUAUGAUAAACGUUCUUCUACCUGGAUCUUAAUGCAAAGGUGUUGGCGUUUUCAAGACUCCAAGAAACAAGAUAUAUGCUUUGGAGUCCUAGGAGAAUUGUGGAUUCAAAAGGUGCAGAAAUACCUUUAGCAAUCCUAACUUUGAAUCUCCUCUGCUUAUGACUUCUGUGUGGGUGCCCCUGGAUCUUUGUCAGACUAGAGUUCCCGCAUUCCGUACCAAACUGUUUCUGUAGAAACCUGUGUCACCUUUAAGUGACUACAUCUUGUUGGACCUGUAAUGGCCAAACACUACAGUGAAGUCCCAAGUCUGCGACAGGAUGACUCGGUUAUAGAGGGAGUGAGCGACCAAGUGCUUGUGGCCGUGGUGGUCAGCUUUGCUUUGGUCGCUACGCUCCUCUAUGCUCUUUUCAGAAAUGUACAGCAGAACAUUCAUCCAGAAAACCAAGAACUAGUCAGGGUGCUUCGAGAACAACUUCAAACAGAGCAGGAUGUCCCUGCGCCUCCUCGACAGCAGUUCUACACUGAAAUGUACUGUCCAAUCUGCUUACAUCAGGCCUCCCUUCCUGUUGAAACCAACUGUGGACAUCUUUUUUGUGGUUCCUGCAUAAUUGCAUACUGGCGAUAUGGGUCCUGGCUUGGUGCGAUCAGUUGUCCAAUCUGUAGACAAACGGUAACUCUGCUGCUCUCAGUCUUUGGUGAAGAUGAUCAGUCUCAGGAUGUUGUAAGAUUGCAUCAAGAUGUUAAUGAUUAUAACCGGAGAUUCUCAGGGCAGCCUAGAUCUAUUAUGGAAAGAAUCAUGGAUCUCCCCACCUUGCUGAGACAUGCCUUCAGGGAAGUGUUUUCAGUUGGGGGUCUCUUCUGGAUGUUCCGAAUUAGGAUAAUGCUUUGUUUAAUGGGGGCUUUUUUCUAUCUAAUAUCACCUCUAGAUUUUGUACCUGAAGCCUUGUUUGGAAUUCUGGGCUUUCUAGAUGACUUCUUUGUUAUCUUUUUGUUGCUUAUCUACAUCUCUAUUAUGUAUCGAGAAGUGAUAACCCAAAGACUGACUAGAUGAAAAAAUUAGUUUACUAGAAUAUCUGCACUUACAUAAAAAAUCAAACAAAAAGAUCCAUGGCAGUAUCAAUCAUCCAAAUACUAUUUUACAAGCUUAAAACAUUUGGUUAUCAUUUGACAAAUGCCUAACGAUAUACAACUGGAAUUUUUACAUCCUGCGGGUUGUAAUGAUAAGAUCAGAUUUACGGUGAUCUACAGUUGUAUCUCAAGUCUGUGUCUGUAAAGUAUGAAACCAAUUGGAAAGGGAUACUUUGUUAUUUUUCCUUUCUGCAAAUUACUUAGCUUAUUAGAUACAUAGUUCAGUAUUGCUAAAUGUACAAAUCAUCAUCCUCAGUGGAUACCCAUACAAUAAUAGAGAACUUUGAAACUUAUCUAAAUAUUUUUGUUGAAGUCAAAUAUUGUAUGCUACUAGGGAAAAGCCGGUGUCUUAGUGUUAGCUAAGCUUUGUGAACUUGGAGAAGUUCUGCUUUUUCAUUUUUGUCCAAUUUGUGAUCAACUGAAAAUGAAAGAAACUUGAACUUCAUUAUUUGACUGUAUUUUCAGUCUAUGGAACACUUUAAUCAAUAAGAGAAUUAACAAAGUGAAAACAUACAUCUCCUGGAGGCACUUUUGACAUUAAGUUAUGACAUUUAACCAAGAGUUUGAUUUUUUUACUGAAACAAAUACUAAAGUAACUUGUAGCCAGUUGUGGUGGCUUUAUAUCUGUAAUUUCUGCAUUCAGGAAGCUGAGGUAGAAGAUUGCCACAAGUUCAAGGUCUGCCUAGGCCAUAUAAUGAGUUCCAGGUCAGCUUGAGCUUCAGAGUGAGGUCUUGCUCAAACCAAAAACAGAGUAGUAGGUAAAGAUGCUUGCUGUCAAGCCUGACAACUUAAGUUUGAACCCUGGGUCUCAAAUAGUGGAAAGAGAACAGAGUCCUCAAGUUGUCUUCUGACCUUCACAUAUGCACUGUGGCCCAUGUGUGCGCGCGCACACACGCAAGGUCAAAAUGCAAUUAGAAAGAAAACAUAAAAGCAGCUUGUAAAGAGAAAUUAUUUUGUUUUAGGAACAUAAGUAAUAUUGCAACACAUAGUAUUUUGACACAUUUUUGCGGAAACAGGAUCUUCACUUCUAUUGAUGUUAGUCGGGGCUUCGGGAAGGUACUAUGAACAGUGUAUAUAUUUUGCAAAGUAUGAGUGAACUCUUGCAGCAAAAUGAAGACAUUUGAUUAGUUAGUUGUUUGUUGCCCCGUAAAUGCAUAUACUAUCUUGUAGGUAGCAAUAUUUGGCUCAGAUGCAUCAUGUCUUGUGCAGAAUGAGGAAAUGUGUAUGAGAUGUUGUACAGUGAGGUUUGCUUGUUUCUUCAUGGCCGUGGCACAGAAUGUAAGGCCGUGGUUCUCUGAGAAGAACAAGUACCAUAAGCGUGGCACUGCUUACAGGUGAGCAGCUGGACAGGGGCAUGUGAGGUGAUGCCCGGAGGCUUUGUCAUCUGUAAUUACCAUUGUUGUCUUAGCAUCAGUUUGUGUAUUUAGGGACAGGACAUAAAGCUAACCUCUGUCACAUUCCCAAAUUAAUCAGAUUAGCUGCCAAACAAUGAGAUUCUGAAUGAAAUGUCAUUUUUUUCCUAGUUUAGACUUAACAGAGCUGUUAUCCGCGAUUAAAAACAGAAUACCAAAAAACAGCACUUAGAUAUAACAUGAUCAGUGCAAUUUCUCAUAAUUUUUCCUCUUAUUCUUAGGAAAUUUCAUAAGCAAGGUAGGGUAUCGUUAGCUUCCUGUUUCAGAGAUGAAACUUCAUCCUGUGGAUGAAAAAUUUUUGUUGUAUUUCCCAACAAAUAAUGGAACUAGUGAUAUUUAGGUAGACAUGAAAGCUAGUCUGAGAAGCAGCAGGAGAGAAACUGGAAUUCUCUGGGAGUCAGGUUUUCAGAAUACAUUAUUCCUUCACUGGAACAGUUCUGGUGCUCCUGAGCAGAAAGCUCUAGAAGGGUGAUUCAUAAAAGGCUUCAUCAAUCUUGAGUGCAUACUUCCAAAUCAAGUCAGAGUGGUAUGCACCAUGAAGACAUGGCUACUCAUCACUGAUGUGGAUUGCUGUUGGUAGUAGGAGCUUGUCACCAGACUGGAAGAACAUUUCCACCUUUCAAAAUUCAGUGCGGACUACAGACUGUGAUUUCCUGAAGCGAUUUUAUUUUGUGUGCUGGUGUUCUGCUCCAGACGUCAGUUCUGUAACAUCUGGAGCUCCUGUGAAUACUGGGAAGAGGCGUAUUGUACAGAAGUUUGUACUGUACAGAACCACUGUGUGACUGAAGUCUUACUAAACCAAAAGGGAACAUACCGAUACCUCAGAAUCUUACAUCUUUACUGAUCAUUAGUGAGAAAUGCAAAAUCAAUUUGAGAAAGUAUUUAAGCAAGUACAAUUAAUCAGUGUUUUAAACAUCACAGGAAUACUUCUGUACUCAGAGGUCAUGUAAAGCAACAAUUUGAUUUUUUAAACAAAACAUGGUAACUGUCACAAAAGAGAUGGUGCAAGCCCAGGAACAAACAAUUUGAGCAGCUCUCUGGGGAAUGAGAAGGGAAACUUCCGUUAACAACUCACUAGAAUGGGGGCUCAGCACCUCCAUCCUCAGUGUUCUAGAGGACAGCAGACUGCUCCCGAGCCCCACGGCUGUGCAGACGCCUACCUCAGCCCAUGCAGAAGAUCAAAGGCUUCUUUCAAAUUUUGUGAUUUGGAGAGUUUGUUCAGCAUUUAUUCUUUGGAAUAAAAAUAGUAUAUCUAAAAA